AUGACGCAACCCUUCAAUCAGUACGCCUGGAUUGUUCUCCGAGACAUGUUUGGUCACGAGUCCGAUCAUCACAGCAACAGAGCCCGGUACCUUGGUCACAGUUUCUCUAUUGUCGCCAAGAUUCUUCUUGCUGACCCUACCCACCUCAAGUCAUUCUUUACAUAUCUUCUCAUUGAAGUCUUUCGUGCCAUUGCGACAAAGCUUGAGGAAGACAAUGAUAUCAAGGCCACUCACAAGAAGCUGUGCAAGUACAUGAAGGACCACAAGGCCGCAAAGUCUUCUGCUUUAAUCGUUGACGAUGAGGAAAACGAUGUAAAUAACCAAGAGGGUGGGAAUGAUGUGGACGAGGAGGUAGAAGGCACGCUGGGUUCCCUCCAACACAAGGCUUCCAGGGGCAAAAGGAAGAAGGCGUUGGCUGAAGCCAAUGGCAAAGUCUUCAAGGGGGAUAGUGACAGCGACACUGAUGUUGAAGCUGAGGUACUCGGCAAGAAGCGUCCAGCUGAUGAGGCUGACGAGACUAACGAGGCUGAACAGUCUGACCCCAAGCGGGCCAGGACUGAACAAGACGAUCAGUAG